AUGUUUGAAGUCAACAUUUUCACACCCGAGCAAUUCGGUGCUUUCAUUCCCUGGCUCGUGAUCAACAGAGGGCCAUUGUCUGCACUGAUUCAUCCAAACACCGACGAUGAGUUGAGAGAUCACACGCAAAGAGCGACGUGGAUGGGGCAGCCACUGCCUGUGAGCACAAAGAUGUUCAAGAAGACGGCCGAGACAUUGUGA